AUGACAAGCAGAUUUUCUGCUUGUGUGCUGGCUUUACUGCACUUCAGUUGUUCCUCUGACUCCUACGAAUCACCAAAACUGCCUGAUGUUGGAGAUCCCAAGUUUAUUGAGGAAUGUGUGCAAACCCAUAACAGAUUCCGGUCUGGAGUGAAUCCACCAGCAAGCAACAUGCUCUACAUGAGUUGGGAUCCAGAUUUGGCAAAGACUGCAAAAGCUUGGGCAAAGAGGUGCCUGUUUAAACAUAAUAUAUAUCUUAAAGAACCAGGGCAGACUCAUCCCAGAUUUACCGCUGUUGGAGAAAACCUGUGGACUGGCUCACUUUCUGUUUUUACUGUGCAACGAGCCAUCACCUCGUGGUACAAUGAGGUCAGCGCCUACACUUAUGCCACCAACACCUGCAGAGGAGUAUGCGGCCACUACACGCAGAUUGUUUGGGCUACAAGCUACAAGGUUGGCUGUGCCGUCCACUUCUGUCCCACGGUGGCAUAUUCCUCCAUAACCAACGCAGCACACUUCACCUGCAACUAUGGGCCAGCUGGGAAUUACCCAGAGCAGCCAUACAAGACGGGAGCAGCGUGCAGUGACUGCAAUGGCGAGCAGUGUGUCAACCAGCUCUGUCAAAAUGCAGAGCGUGACAAAGUCAUUAGUGAUUCCGGGUGGUAUCCAGAAUGGGACAGACCUGCAUGUGAUGAGUACUGCAUCACCAUUAUUAUUUUAAGGCCGUUACUCCUUUUUCUGACAAUUCUGGCCUCCUGGCUACUACCAAAAUACUUGCCUCUAGCAGCCACCAGUGAGUGA